ACGCCAUAAACCCCAGAACUUCCUCUGAUUGUUGGUUGAGACAUUUGAAGAAACACAAAGAGACACUCUCUUCGAUCCUUUUUGAGUUCUCUGGAACCCUAACUUUUCGAAUUCUCUCUCAAAAACUUUUUUGGACAUAUAGAAUCAUAGAUAUAUAUACAUAUAAGGAGAGAUAUGGUUGAUGUGGCCGACAAAUUAGCUUAUUUUCAAGCAAUCACGGGCCUUGAAGACCCCGAUUUGUGCACAGAGAUCCUCUCCGCUCAUGGCUGGGACCUCGAGCUAGCGAUCUCCAGUUUCACCGGCACAAACUCCGACCACUCCGACGAUCCCGCAACCGCCAUCGCCGACGUUGGAAGCAGCGAACAGUCCAAUACAGAUUCGCAUCAACAACCCCAGCGAUCGGGCGAAGUCGCCGGUGUUGUGGCGCCACCGGGAUUGGCAUGGAAGCUCAUCACCCUACCAUUUUCCGUCAUUUCUGGUAGUCUAGGGUUAAUUUCUGGUGCGAUUGGGCUAGGUAUGUGGGCUGCCGGCGGUGUCCUCUCCUAUUCUUUGAGCAUGGUGGGAUUCAAUUCUGCCCGUAACGGCGAUCCUUCUUCUUCUUCUCCGUUGGUUUCGGUUUCGGCGGCAGCUUCGGAGGCCAUGGCUUUUGUUGCUAAUUUCGAGAGGGAUUACGGUACGAAUCGGCCGAAUUUCGUGGUUGAGGGGUUUAUGGAUGCUCUGCAGAGGUCUCGGCACGAAUUUAAGCUGUUGUUUGUGUACUUGCACUCGCCGGAUCACCCGGACACCCCAUUGUUUUGUGAAAGGACUCUGUGUUCUGAAGCAUUGGCUGCGUUUGUGAAUGAAAAUUUUGUUGCGUGGGGUGGGAGCAUCCGCGCUAGCGAGGGGUUUAAGAUGAGUAACAGCUUGAAGGCGUCAAGGUAUCCAUUUUGUGCUGUGGUUAUGGCCGCCACGAACCAGAGGAUUGCCUUACUUCAGCAGGUUGAGGGUCCAAAAUCUCCCGAAGAAAUGCUCACAGUAUUGCAGAGAGUGCUUGAAGAGAGUGCUCCAGUUCUUGUUGCAGCAAGGCUUGAUGCAGAAGAACGAAGAAACAACAUGCGUCUGAGGGAGGAGCAAGAUGCUGCUUAUCGAGCAGCACUUGAAGCUGAUCAAGCUAGGGAACGCCAGAGGAAAGAAGAGCAAGAACGGAUGGAAAGGGAAGCUGCUGAAGCUGAGAGGAAGCAAAAGGAGGAAGAAGAGGCUCGUGAAAGAGCAGCACGUGAAGCUGCUGAGAAAGAAGCUGCUUUAGCUCGAAUGCGACAAGAGAAAGCCCUUUCGCUGGGUGAUGAACCUGAAAAAGGACCUGACGUAACUCAAGUUUUGGUUCGGUUCCCAAGUGGAGAACGCAAGGGAAGGAGGUUCCAUAGUACCACGACAAUUCAGUCACUGUAUGACUAUGUUGAUUCAUUGGGUUGCUUAGAAGUGGAGAGCUACAACCUUGUGUCCAACUUCCCUCGUGUUGUGUAUGGAGCAGAGAAGCAGUGUAUGUCCCUGAAAGAAGCGGGCCUACAUCCUCAGGCCAGCCUUUUUGUGGAGCUGAACUCAUGAGAGCAACUUUUCUGGGUCAUAUAUUUAACCAAGUAGGAAGAAGUUAUAAUAGGAUAAUUUGUUGUUUCAACUGGCUUCUGUUUCGGCCUGGUUUUAGCUAUAUAUGAUGAUGAUGCAACGCCUGGGUCUACAUGCGGUUGUUUGAUCUUCUUCACUGCAGAUUCAAGUGAUGAAAUGGGUGGACUGGAAAAUGGGGUUAAAAAUAAAUACACCCAAUACUUUUCCUGAAAAAUGCUGCUCUAUGUUAUUCAUCUAUUCUACAAUGGGAUUAAGUUCAUUUAAUUUAUCAAAUAUGUGCCAUUGAUUUGCUGAGUGGUUAUGUAUGGUUUCUCAGACCACUGUUAUUCCUUUA